GUUGCGAGUGAUAAGAAUCCAAACUCCAACAAUUUGAUCAACUCCGCCGUCGUCAUGUCUCUCCGUAAAACCCUAACCGCCGUGAAUCAACAUUCGAUAUCGCCGGAUUCCUCAAUAUCCACCGGUAAUCUGACUGUUUCAGAGGUCUCUGGUUCAUCUUCUAGAAUCAAAUUUCGACCUCGUAAAAUCAGGAAAGUUUCGUCUGAUCUUUUCAAUUCGUCGCCGAGAAUCAUCAUCACCGCGUCUCCUCCUUUAUCAACCAAAUCGACGGUUGAUCUUGCUCUCCGUCACUUACAAUGCUCCGACGAACUCCUCGGAGCAUUAAUCACAACGCACAACGAUCCUCCAGUGUUCGAAUCAAGUAAUCCUCCGUUUCUCUCCCUAGCGAGAUCAAUCCUCUACCAACAACUCGCGACAAAAGCAGCGAAAUGUAUCUACGAUCGAUUCAUCUCUCUAUUCAACGGUGGAGAAUCUGGUGUUGUUCCUGAAUCUGUGAUCUCACUCUCCGCCGUUGAUCUUCGUAAGAUCGGUGUCUCCGGGAGAAAAGCGAGUUACCUUCACGAUUUAGCUGAGAAAUACAACAACGGUGUGCUUUCCGAUGAAUUGAUAAUGAAAAUGAGUGAUGAAGAGUUGAUAGAUAGGUUAACUUUGGUUAAAGGAAUUGGAGUGUGGACUGUUCAUAUGUUUAUGAUCUUCUCGUUGCAUAGACCUGAUGUGUUGCCUGUGGGUGAUUUAGGUGUGAGGAAAGGUGUGAAAGAUCUUUAUGGUUUGAAAGAUCUUCCAGGUCCAUUGCAAAUGGAGCAGCUUUGUGAGAAAUGGCGUCCUUAUAGGUCUGUUGGUUCAUGGUACAUGUGGAGACUAAUCGAGGCUCGUAAGACCAAAUAGCACCGAUCUGCUAAACUGAUCCUGUGACGACGAAGAAGCUAUUACAUGCCAAUCACUUCUCUUCCAAGUUUCACUUGCUGGUAAUCUGAGUUGUUGUUUUUUGCUGUCUUUGUAAAUUAGAGCAGGUAAGAGAAACCCAUUUUGCAUUUUAACCGUAUUCCACGGAUAUUCUGUAUUCCUGUGAUUGUUGUAAAAUGUAAACAUGGAUCAAUUCAAUACAGUACGUUGUUUCAU